AUGUCUCGUCACCGCGUCAAAUCCCUCGACUACGAUGAAGACGACCUCGACGACAACUACGACGAGACUGACCCCGAGGAACAAGAGCUGCUGGAGGAGUACACCGACGAGGUUCUCAGUCAGCUCCGUGCGGGGCAGCCUUCUGUGACCGCAUCGCGAGAGGAGGUACAAGAGACGCUAUGGCACUACUACAACGAUGUGCAGAAGUCUGUGAACUACCUCAGAAAUAAAAAGGCAAAGGAAAUGAAGAAAAAGGCUGCGACGCCUGUUUCAAAACCCAAAGCGGCAGCGGGUUUAUCAGUGCCAGCUUACCCCGCGAUUUCUACAUCGCCUCCGUCAUCAUCGACCCACUUCUCAGCGGCGGACUUCUUCCGUGAUGCCCCUUGGUUGAACAUCCCUCCGCACCGGCGAGCAGAGAUUCUCAUAGAGCCUUUAUAUCCCCGACUCGGCCUGAUGGGUGGGAAUCCCCAGAGUGAGGGGAAACCGUCGAAGCUGGCGGCUUUGGCUGCAGCACGCAAAAAGAAGGAGAGCGAGAGAAAGGGAAACGAGAAGACGACAGAGUCACAUACAGAGGAAGAGCAAAAGCCUGGGUCUUUGUCGUUGCUUGAAAGGUUGUCUGGUCCUGGCAAAGAGCCCCGACCAGCCGCAAAAGCAGGCGGCCUAUCUGCAUUGAAGGAAGGUCGACUGGGAAGUCGUGCGGCAAGGCGCAGAUCUUCCGUCACUGAAGAGACACAAAAGGAAGAGACAAGCGUUUCUACGACACCAUCGCUUGGCAAGAAAGGCCCCGCGGAAACCCCAGAAGAGCAGCAACCUUGGACUUCCGUGGACCUUCGCGCGUCGCCUUCCAUGUUCGCUACGAUCAUUGUGGGGGACGGGAUCCGACCCUCUACUGAGCCUAGCCACCUUUCUGGCAAGAGAUUUGAUGUCAUGCAGGUUUAUGGACAAGAUCUCACUGAAGCGUUUGACUUUACAGGCCCCAGUCCCGACGAUGUUGUCCUGAACGCACAAAGUGCAUCAAAAGGCCUUAAAUCCAAACAGGCUACUCCUCUCAAAGCGACAGGUGAAAAGAAAUCACCGGCGGAGCUCGCAGAAGGGGUGAAAGCUUUGUCCGUCGAAGAGCCUGUCAAGGUAAAGAGCAAGAACCUCGAUGUCCUGGCAGAGUACAAAAAAUCACAGAAAAAGAAAGCCGCCAAUUUCGUGGUGAUUGGUCACGUUGAUGCCGGGAAGAGUACGCUCAUGGGACGCCUGCUCGCCGACUUGAAUGCUGUAGAUCAACGGACCCUGGACAAGUAUCGACGGGAAGCAGAAAAAAUCGGCAAGGGCUCGUUCGCUCUAGCCUGGGUAUUGGACCAGGGGUCGGAGGAACGGGCUAGAGGUGUCACUAUUGAUAUCGCGAUGAACAAGUUCGAAACUGAAAAUACCCGCUUCACAAUCUUGGAUGCGCCUGGACACCGGGACUUUGUGCCAAACAUGAUUGCUGGCGCCAGCCAGGCGGACUUUGCCGUGCUUGUCAUAGACGCGAGCACAGGCAACUUCGAGUCUGGACUGAAGGGGCAAACCAAAGAGCAUGCCUUGCUCGUGCGGAGCAUGGGAGUCCACAAGAUCGUCGUCGCUGUCAACAAGAUGGACACGGUUCAGUGGUCCCGGGACCGGUUUGAGGAGAUUGAGCAGCAGAUCUCCUCGUUCCUCACCGCCGCCGGCUUCCAAGCCAAGAAUAUCACCUUUGUCCCGUGCUCGGGGUCCCACGGAGACAACGUCACGAGACGCAGCACCGAUGCUAAUGCGGCAUGGUACACCGGCCGUACCCUCAUUGAAGAACUCGAGACCUCCGAGCCUUUCACUCAUGCUCUUGACAAGCCAUUGCGCAUGACGAUCGGGGACGUGUUCCGGGGCGGCGUUCAGAACCCCAUCUCGAUCUCAGGACGCCUCGACGCUGGCAGCCUUCAAAUAGGCGAUUCGAUCCUGACCAUGCCUAGUGGAGAGACUGCAUUGAUCAAGAGUUUGGAGGUAGACGGCGAGCCCAGCGAUUGGGCUGUCGCGGGACAGAACGUGGUUCUCAAUCUCGCCAACAUCGAUCCUGCCCACCUUCGGUCAGGCGACGUUAUCUGCACCCCUACCGCGCCCAUUCAAACCAUCCAGAGCUUCACCACCAAAGUGCUCGCGUUCGAUCACUUGAUGCCAAUGCAGGUAGACAUCCAUCGGGGCCGACUGCACGUCUCUGGUCGAAUUAGCCGGCUCGUCGCGACGUUGGAUAAGGGAACGGGAGCCGUGGUCAAGAAGAAGCCGAAGAUCGUCCCUCCGGGAACAGUGGCGCGGAUCAUCGUGGAGAUGGAACAGCCCGUGCCUCUGGAGGCGCCUGCAAGGAUCGUGCUCCGUGCUGGCGGUGAGACGGUGGCAGCGGGUCUGCUGGAAUGA